UAAGUCCGGCUCAACAUGUGGCCGGGCGCCGGUACUUUCGAGCGAGCAGCAGAAGUAAACAUUCCAAGUUGUGAAGUGCACGUGCGAGGACCAGUCCGUUCCUGCGCCAUGGAAAAUAAUUCGCUGUUGUGCACCGAGAGUCUGAGCGUGAGCCGCGGCCAGCACGACCCGGUCAUCUUCGCUGACCAAAGGGUGCUGGACAACCUGCUGGCCGAAGAGGCCUGCACGCACAUCGAGCACAACUACUUCCAGACCCUGCAGAAGGACCUCACACCUAACAUGCGAUCUGUCGUCGUCGGCUGGAUGAUGGAGGUGUGCGAGGAGCUGUCCUGCGACCAGAAUGUGUACCCGCUGGCCGUGCGUUUGCUCGACCUCUUCCUCUCCAAAAUCCCGACGCAGAGGUGCAACCUGCAGCUCCUGGGGGCCACCUGUCUACACGUCGCCUCCAAACUCAGGAGCACCCAGCUGAUCUCCACAGAGACCAUGGUCUACUACACAGACAACAGUAUCAAGGCUGCUGAAAUGAACAAAUUGGAGUUGCUGCUUUUGGUGGUGCUGGGCUGGAACGUGACCCCGGUGACCUCGUCCGACUUCGUCGAACACAUUCUGACCAGGGUACCUUGGUCUUCUGAGAAAAAAGUCCUCAGGCAGCACGCCCACGUCCUCGCGCAGCUCUGCUGUUCCAAUGCUGACCCAGAACUGGUACGUCUGAGGCCAUCGGCCGUGGCGUGCGGGGCCUUGGUGGCCGCCGCUCGCGGCCUCAACAUUCCCUCAAAGGACAAGGUGUUAGCCCACGUGUGCCACCUGACCAAGACCAAGGAGGCGGACGUGUUGUACGUCGUUGACCGGGUGGAGGCGAACGUCCAGGAGCACCAGCGGACGGCCGCUAUGCAGCAGCAGAUGGCGCAGCAGCACCAGAAACUCGUGGCCAGCAGCAGCAGCUCGGGAAACUCUAGCCUGGCUUUGGACAUCAUCAUCGACGAGAACGACGACGCGGAGGCGUCCAAACCGAUUACGCCCACCGACAUCCAGGAUAUCUACUUCGACUGAUGAUGAUGAUGCUCCAAAGCCGCAAUACACGCAUAAAAAAGCAAAGUUUGUAAAAUGAGAAGCAAUUCCCCGAUCUCAACGACAGCGCCAACACACCACUUGUUUUCUUUUUGUUCGAAGCGAAAAAUUUUGCAGUACAAAGUUAUUUGAUGGAAAAAAUGGUCGGAAAUUUUGUGUUUAGCGCGUAAGUUGGAUUUAUUAUUGUGAGCCCGCAGCCGCCUUCUCUCUCGCACGUCGAAAAAUCCAGAGGGAGUUCUGUGUGAUAUGUCAUUUUCGACGGCAGGAGAAGCGGUUGCGGGAGUGAAAGGUUUUUUACAUAAAAUGGCUACAAAAACCAAAAAAAUAGCUGAUUUAUACAUUGUGUAAUUAUAAUAUUUUAUAUUAACGAGAUAUAAAUAUUGUAAUUUAUUUUGGUAGCAGCACUGCCCAAGAUGAGUGGAGUUCGCUCGAAAUCUGUGAUGAACAUUUAUGAUCGUAUAAAAUUAAGUGCCUUUCCUUAAAAUGUAAGCAGAGACCAACUCGUCAGAACGUUUUGUAACAGUUGUAAACAUUGUAGUUUGUACAUGAAGGUCAGUACAUGUGAAUUGAAAGUGCCUUUUUGUAAUUACUGUAAUUUUUGAACGUUUCUAGUCCCCUGCGACGGCAUAUUUUGAGAAAAAAAUCUUCUUUCCCUAUCAUCAGCUCUCUGUCUGUUAUUCACGAAACUAAUCGAUGAACAUGUUACCACAUUGCUUGUUAAAUUGUCAGCCCCAAAUUAAUGUCAAAAACGCUACCCUCGCGAUUGCAGUCGUCUGAUCGCACUCAAGCACCGAAGCAGCAAAGUGUCGGCAAGUGUCAAACACGGUGCUCGAUUAGAAAUGCCCUUAAUAGGUGUUAAGGUAUUAGCUAAUUUAUUUGUAACACACGUGUCUUCUUUUAGUUGUCAUCGCAUUGUAUUUAUCAUUUUUCCAGUCGUCUGUCACCAAUUUUAGUGUGCGUCAAAAUAAAAACCAAUAAAAUGAA